AUGUCGACUGUUCCGUCUGGCGGGAGCAACCCUGCGGAAGGAAGUUCGAGCCCUCCGCAGCCCAACCAAGACGAAGACACGAUGAUAGCCGCACUCGACCCAUUGAGUCUCUCCCAGCCACCAGCACCGAGUCAAGCAAAGAAGAACAACGCCGCCAAGAAUCAACUGGAGCUCGAACCAACCAUCAAUCUCAUGAAGGAUGACGCGGAUAAAGACAAAGCCAAGUUGGACAGCACGCAGUCGAGGACAGACAGCACCGAGAGGAACAUGCAGGUGCUCAAGUCAACCAACCAGCGUUUGAAGGUUGCUAUGCCGGACAAGAAGGCCCAGCUAGAAAGCGCUGCCAAGAAGCAACGGGAGCUCGAGUCGACCAUCCAGCGUAUGAAGGCUGACGCGGACAAAGACAAAGCCGAGUUGGACAGUACGCAGUCGAAGCUAAACACCGCCCAAGGGAUUAUCCAGGAGCUCCAAUUAACGAUGGAUCGCAUGACGGAUGACGCGAAGGCAGUCAAAGCCAUAGAAAAAACUCAGCCCAAUAUUGUUGAGGCUAAUAACCAGGAGAUCAAGACUGAGUGUGAUAGCCUUGCUGCUGCUCUCGAAAAGGCUCAAAUGGAACUCAAAAAGGCUCUAGGGAAGCUCAGAAAGACUCAAGGGGAGCUCAAAUCAACCACAGAUGAGCGUGAUAAAGUUGCUGGUCUUCUCAAAAAGGCUGACGGGUAUUUCAAGCUAUCCGAAAGCAAGUUACGCGGAGCUAAGGACAAGUUGCGCGUAGCUAAGGUCAAGUUGCGCAUAGCUAAGGUCAAGUUGCGCAUAGCUAAGGACGAGUUGCGUAUAGCUAAGGACGAGCGAGACAAGCUCAAGGCCAAGCUGCACGAUAUGGAGUCGGCGUCGAGCAACGCCACGGGUGGAGAAGACAACCGCGACUCUCAAGGCCCUGAUUCCGCCUACUUCUGGGCCAUCUCAUCCGCUGAUGGAAAGCCUUACCAGUUCCAUUACGACCCAGACGGACAAAUCCAAGGAGAAGUGCGGAUACAUGCCGAUACAAGCACAUUCCGUCGUGUCUGUGUAGGAGCAUCUUAUACGCAUGCAACCCCCUCUGGCGGCAUGUACCGUCUUACCCAUGGAGGAAGCCACCCUGAUGAUCGCUACUACGUAUCAGGUCGCGAACUGGGAACUAUCGCGCUCGGGGAUUUCAUUACCACUGACGGGGAAGGCCGGGCCUCCGCCUUUCAAAUCUAG